AUGCCUUCUGGAAGCAAGAGCAAGAAGAAGGGUACGUCUGAUCAUCUGUCACCUCACCCAUCUUCUUCCCUCAUCAGGAAGAACCUCAAAAGACCAUUCGUCGAGCAAUCUAACACUGUUUCAGCGGUGCUUCGCAAGUCUGAAUUUUCAAGCGGCCCUAGUUCCGUAGCACCAAGUGAGUACUGGGAUCUAUUCACGCUUCACAACUCACUUGUGGACUUUCACGCGUUUCAAGACGCGCCUCUGUAUGGCUCUAUUUUGUGUCACUAUUCUAACUCUGAUUUCUUCAACUCAGCUAUCAAGUCGGAGCUGGCAACCCCCGAUUCAUUCAUCAAAUUUGAAGAAGAAGAAGAAGAAGAAGAAGAAGAAGAAGGAGACUCCUCCUUGCCGAUCUUCCGUUUACUUUUUCGUCCCCUUUUCAAUCUGAAUCUAUCGUGGAUCAUUCUACCUUACAAAUGGAUCUCAAUCCUGAGACUAUGGGCCUGA